AGGCGAAGCAAAUGUCAGUACAAAUUUUGGCAGAGAGAUCAACCAGAAAUCAAAGACAAGAUUAUCAAAACAUAUAGGCAGAAUCGGUCAGCUCUGUGUCGUAGCAAGACUUUCAAAUUUAACACAUAUUUCCCCAUGACUUAAUGGAUGCUUUAGCUGUUGUAAAACAUUUAAAUUCUCUGGCUCAAAAAGUAGAAAAUAGAGAGACAAUAGUCAAGGACCAAGGAUGUUUGCCAGGUUUGGUACUGUUCCUGGACAACACAGAUAGUGAAGUUGUACUCCUGGUUCUAAAGACACUGCAGCUACUAGCAGAACAUGCUCCCAAUAGAAAAGUGAUGCUGAAUGAAGUGGGAAUGAUAGAAUCUUUAAAAAGUUUAAUGCAAGGGAACAGAUUCAUAGAUAUCCCAGAUAUAAAAAGACGAGCAACCUCUCUACACAACCAACUUCAUCUUCCCACUGUUCGUAAAUCAAAACAAGCCCGUGUACAUACCGUCGCUCCCACGUCUCAAAAAUUCUUUGUUGGCUCUUCAAAUAAAAAAGCUAAACUUAUUGUGUUGCAAAUCACUGGCCUUCAUGAUGAAUCAACAAAAAAAAUGUGUGAAGAAGCAUUAUUACAGGUUCGUGGUGUGGUCAGUUUUACAUUUAAUAUGACAAAACACAGGUGUAUGGUACGCGUGGUACAAACAGUGAGUGGAGAAAUGUUGUGUAAAGCAGUUGAAAAAACUAAAAUAUUAACAGCAGAACAAGUAAUCCGAAACCAAUCCGGUGAAGAGGUUGUUCUAUCGUUUGGACGCCAUCCGAGUAUUCCAGGCGAAGAAAAACGACAAACCGAAACAGAUUACCCUGACUAUUUGCCAGAAGAAGACCCAGUCGAAACGUCUAAAACAGCUAUUUCUAAGCAUGGUGAAAAAGAUAAUGGUGGAGGCGGUUGGUUUAGCGGAGUUUCUAGCUUUAUCAGUAGCUCGUUAUAUUGGUAAACAUCUUUCUAAACUCAUGACAAGCUUGCAGUAUGACUUUGAAGUCGUACAAUUAUUUGAAAGAUCUUUAGUUUUAUUUUUCAAAUAUAUAAAUAUAUUUUUAAAUUACGAGACUGAUCUUCUGAAGUGAUAAAAUGCUCGGUUGAUCUUCUCUCUCACAUAAAAAAAAAUGUUACAAUAUCUUUGUUUGCUUGUAUUGUAAAUACGUAAAAACGAUUUUGUUUUUUAAUUCGACAGCAAAUGUUGUAUAUUUAAAUAAAAAACUGUCUUCUU